AGAGAAAGAAUAUUAAAAAGAUACUCUUCUUCUCAAGCCUUAUCCAAUAAACGCCACUUCUCCCACUAAUCCGCUGAAAAUCAGUCUUUCUCUCCUUCUUUCUCUCAUUCACAAUCCGUAACUCUCUCCUUUUACAGUUUCUAGAUUUUCUGCUUUGCUCAAAUCGCCGACAAUGGAUAGUACUUGUCUCUCAAGUCAAGCGGCGCUCCCGUUUCUCCCCUCGCGUUUGAGGAGACAGAGCGGCGAUGGAGGAGGAGGAGGAGGAUUUUCUCUUCCGGCGAUGCGGAAGGUUCAGUACAGAUCGAUGGUCGUGGUUGCGACGGCGGGGCAGAGCCGGUGUGAGCCUGGAAGCAGCCUUAACGCGCCGCUCGAGCUUCGAUCGGCGCAGGGGAGGUUUCUGAGAAGCGUCCUGCUCAACAAGAGGCAGCUGUUUCACUACGCUGCUGCUGAUGAGCUCAAGCAGCUGGCUGAGGAGCGUGAAGCCGCUUUGGCUCGUAUGGCUCUUAGCUCUGGUUCCGAUGAAGCUUCCCUCCACAGAAGGAUAGCUCAACUCAAGGAACGUUACUGCAAAACAGCAGUCCAAGACAUUAUGUACAUGUUAAUAUUCUACAAAUACUCCGAGAUACGUGUCCCUCUCGCUCCGAAGCUCUCUAGAUGCAUCUACAACGGAAGACUCGAGAUCUGGCCCACAAAAGACUGGGAGCUAGAGUCGAUCCACACCUGCGACGCCCUCGAGCUCAUCAAAGAACACGUCAGCACGGUCAUCGGGCUACGUGUCAACGCGUGCGUGACCGACAACUGGGCGACGACGCAGAUACAGAAGCUCCACCUCAGGGAGGUGUACGCCGCCUCCAUCUCGUACGGUUACUUCUUGAAAUCCGCCUCCCUCAGGCACCAGCUCGAGUGUUCGUUGUCGGAUCUCCGCGGGAGCGGGUACCUGAAAGGUCCCGUCUUUGGAUCAUCUUUCACGACGGGCACCUCCACCGAGGAGAAGCUGAGGCAUUACGUCACGGGGUUCGAACCCGAGACGCUGCGGAGGUGCGCGAGGCCGAGGACGGAGGAAGCGAGGAAUCUGAUAGAGAAGCAGAGUUUGGCUCUUUUUGGAGCGGAGGAAAUUGAGGAUGAGACGAUUGUGACGUCGUAUUCGAGUCUGAAGCGGUUGGUUCUGGAAGCUGUGGCGUUUGGGACGUUUCUGUGGGACACGGAGUUGUAUGUAGAGGGAACGUAUAAGCUCAAGGAGAAUGGGAGUGCAGAAGAGCGAGAAAAUAGAAGCAUAUGAACCAAGCUUCAUGAUCCUUUGGGUGUGUAGUGUGUGUAUAUAUAGAGAAGAAGUUUCUGCUGAAUCUCUCAGGCACUUUUAUUUCUUGUAUAGCUUUUUUUGCUUAGCUUGAAGUUGUUUUCUACGGUCGAAUAAGAAUGUGGUCCUUAUUAAAGGAAAUAAGGAAUGUUCAAACUUUUAUCGGUUCAGUUGUUAUAGUUCACUCUCGUA